AUGUCGACCGCAACAAUCAGCGUGCUUGGUAGUGUCGGCCUCAUUGAGAUCAGUGGUGAUGUCUCUUCAUGGGACAUUCAUUGCUUUGAUCUAGAAAUACCCACUCACCUCGAAAGGAUCAUUUUUCGUAUCAAGGACUCGGCCAUUACGAAACCGCUACCAAACCUCCUGGAUACCAUCAAGAGUCAAUGGAAUCAAUCCGCUGGUGACAAGAUCAAGAACGAAGAUAACAAAGCCGAGGCACUCAUGUCUGUGAGCGCAACGGGAGACGAUACAAAGACAGAGGCAGAUGAGCAAACGGGGAUCAAAGUAGAGGUAGUGGAAAGCAACGAGCCUACUUCCACGUAUUCUCCAGUUUACCCGUGUCAUCUCCUUACUAGGCUUCACGGAAAUCCCAACCCGGACCCGCUCGACCCGUUCAGGCCAUGGCACUAUUCUGUUCGACCUUUUUAUCACUCAGAGGUAGCGGCGGAGGCGGCUAAAAAAAGGGCCCUCUAUCAACGGAUCCACUACGAAAUGUACGACAAACUUCAAACUUUUUCUAGGUCACUGUUGUGA